AUGGUAGGCGACGAGAUUCAUGAAGCCUCGCGAGCACUAGAUGAAGAACAAGCAUUGUUAUGUCUGGUCGUGUGGUCACAGUUUUUUUAUUUUUCGAUAGUUAGUCUUAGUAAAAAUUAUAGAAAUAGUAUCGAUCUAUACCUGUAGCUCCUGGUACCUGUCGCUCUAGCCGUAAUAUUUAAACAAUGCGAACAGCUGAAUGAGCACGCAAUGUUGUACCUGCAGAACUUGUCCAUCUCCAUCGUCCGACGUGAUCUACUUGCUCAUCGAUGACCUCCAACUAAGUACUUGCUCAUCAUGCUCAUGUUGCAACUACAUCUAGAAAUCUAGAACUAGAUCUUCUACUUCUACAUCUUCUGCUUCUUCUACAUCUCUCUUGUACUAACUAAUUUGUUCAGGGUCAUUAUAGUCUAACCCCAGCACGCAAGAACUCAGCUGUGAACGAGAUUGCGGAAGCGGCAGAUGCACUGCAAGCCGCUGUGGAUCAAGCGCGGGUUAAGUGGAGCAGCAUGAACGAGAAAUAACUGGAAUUUGCCCUAAGAAAGUACGAAGAUGAAAUCGAAUCACAUAUGAGGAUAGACUGAAGAUGGAGCUGUGAUCUUGAUGAUGGACGAAGAUGAAAAAUAAAUUGAUCAUUGUUCACAUGCUUGCGUAUAUUGAUAGAGGACUUCUGAUAGUAGAAGGGUAGACUUCGCCACCCUGCUUUAUCUACUGGUCGACGAAGAU